CUGAUCCGUCAUUCAUGCACUUGCUGCCUCCGUGCUCCGCUCUCACAUGUAGACUCUGCAGCUCCGCUCAGGAUUUCUGCCUCCACCAUGCGCCUCGGACGAGCCGGAUUUCAACAGCAGAACUUUGUGAGAGAAGAGUCCCGGUGCGCGCAGGAUGCUCCGCGGCGCGGGCAGCAUGAUUAACCGCGGACCGGUGAGCGCGGCUGCCUGGAAGUGACCCCCCCCCCACCUGACCCCCCCGUGAAGUUGAGAGAAUGAGAAGAAGAGAAGAAGGAUUUUCUCUCGGGUAGGGUCACCAGCGAGCAGCCUCCACCCGCCGAGCACCAUGGAUACUUUAAGCCUGUCGGUGAACGCGGUUUCCUACACGGUGGCGGCUGAACUCCCCGCCACUGAUGAUCCCUUUAACGGACCCAUUAAGAACAUCGCGCCGUGGAACUUCACCAUCCUGGCCGUGCUCAUGUUUGUGGUCACCUCUCUGUCUCUGAGCGAAAACUUCCUGGUCAUGUUCGUCACCUUCAAGUUCAAACAGCUCAGACAGCCCCUCAACUACAUCAUAGUGAACCUGGCCAUCGCAGACUUUCUGGUCUCUCUCACCGGUGGACUAAUAAGUUUCCUGACAAACGCCAGAGGUUAUUUCUUCCUGGGGAGGUGGGCUUGCACCCUGGAGGGGUUCGCUGUGACUUUCUUCGGUAUCGUGGCCCUGUGGUCCCUGGCUGUUCUGUCCUUCGAGCGGUUCUUCGUGAUCUGCCGGCCUCUAGGGAACAUCCGGCUGCAGGCGAAGCAUGCGGUCCUGGGUCUGCUGUUCGUCUGGACCUUCUCCUUCAUCUGGACCUUCCCUCCGGUGCUGGGCUGGAACAGAUACACCGUGAGCAAGAUUGGAACCACCUGUGAACCCGACUGGUAUUCAACAAACAUGAUGGAUCACAGCUACAUCAUCACUUUCUUCGCCACCUGCUUCAUUCUCCCUCUCGGAGUGAUUUUCUUCUGCUAUGGAAAACUCCUCCGGAAGCUCAGGAAGGUGUCUCAUGGUCGUCUGGCCACCGCCAGGAAGCCAGAGCGGCAGGUGACCCGUAUGGUGGUGGUCAUGAUAAUUGCAUUCAUGGUGGGCUGGACGCCGUACGCAGUCUUCUCCAUACUGGUCACAGCUCAUCCAACCAUUGAACUCGAUCCCAGGCUGGCGUCCAUCCCCGCCUUCUUUUCCAAGACAGCCGCUGUCUACAACCCAAUCAUCUACGUCUUCAUGAACAAACAGUUCAGGAAGUGCCUAAUCCAACUCUUCACCGGCAUGGGGACGAUACCGGACAGCAACCUGAACCAGACCUCAGAGCGACCUGGAAUUACUGUAGAGAGUCAAACGGGGGAAAUGUCAGCCAUUGCAGCCCGGAUCCCUGUGGGUGGCACUGCGUCACCCAGGUCUGAUGAUUCUCCGACCGACUGCGGCUCGUUUGCUCAGCUGCCCAUCCCAGAGAACAAAGUGUGUCCGAUGUAGCAGUAAGCCUCAUCGCAGUAGGUGUAGUCCAUCAUAACCAUCUGUAAUCUUGAUACAGUGCGUUUCCAAAACUGUUUGGACACAACUUUGUUCAUGUCUUGGGGGAGAUGGAGGGUGCAGUGUAGAAAACAGAGCUGACUUUUGAAGGGUUACAGCCCAUUUUUUAAUAUUUCACUUGCAAACGUGAUUAAGGACAGAGACAAAACAUCAAAAAGUGUUUUGUGCUGCAGCAUGUUUCAGUAGUUUGUUCAAUGUUUGUGGGGACGAGAAGAGAAUAUAAUAUAAUGUAAUAGAAUAUAAUGUAAAUAUUUGCUUUGGACUGUGUCCUGACAUCAGAGAAUAUCUUGGAUGCUCUCUUGACCAUGAUAACACACCUGCUGGUGUGUCACAUUAGAGGGCACCUGAUUCGACUUGAUAGUGUCCGCCUUCAUAUCCCCAUGAAAAAAGAGACUGCUAAAAAUGCAAACCUUGACAUCAGUUAGUACAGGGCUAGCCAGUGUCUUUCAAAUACCACAAUGCAUCCAGCCUUUCAUCUCGUCCUCGCCUUCUCCUUUGAAGCCCUGCGACGGUGCCUGCAGAGAAAGCGUUGUUUUUCUAUGCUGUUUCAGUACUUUGGCAUCGCAUUGUCAUUCAUCUCCGCUCGUCAAAUGGACGGAGCGGUCUUCUGAAUUUGGAUACUUUUACUUUUAGUUUACCCCGCGCAGACUAGUUUGGCUCAAAGCUUUCAUCUUGAAGCGAAGAUGGUCAAUGGGACUUGGAGAUGCCGGUCUCCUGUGGCCUCUGUUGCUGAUGUAGGAGGGCAACAUAUUCAUGAAGUGCCAGCAGGGGAUCAACAAACACACAAACAUGCACAGUAGCACACACGCACACAAAGUUGUCGGACCGCACAAGUAUAGUGAAACAAGCUCUGACACACACACACACACACACACACACACACACACACACACAGAUUGCAGUUCACUGCCUGUGUUACAAUAAGCUCUCUAUAGGCACUGUGAAGAUGAUACAAUGCACCAAUAAAUAUCCUAGCACAACAGUGACUUCGCUGAGGAGCCAUGUACAAAAGCAAUGAGCAUUCCCAUUGUUAGCACAGGACAACAGCAAUAUUAAAGCUAAACACUGUCACACAGGUGAGCAUGUCAGCGUUAGCUACAGUAGAUAUUGUAGCAGUGAGUGUUAAAAUGUCUUCUACUUGACUCUGUGGUGCAUGUUUGUUCACUAUUACUGGAUAUCUGUCAUAACACUGUUGUAUUCUCUAUGCUGCACAGUGAUUGUUUAAAAAAAAGUAAGAGUAUGGUGUCUGUUUGCAACGUGUACUGAGUGUGUGUUCCAGUCAUGUGUGGCCAGUCUGGUAGAGGUAACAUUUAGCUUCUUUAAACAUCAAUGCAUCUGCGCCAAAUGAACUGUGAUGCCUUGAUAUAAUCAGCGUAACAACAUGAAACUGUGGUGAUGACAACUGGCAAGUUAGCUUCUAUCUCACAGACAUGUUUCCCAGAAUUAAGAAGCAUUUUCCAUGAGCCUCUUUGCUUUGUUGUUAACCAUUAAAACCUUUUAGAUUACCUUUAUGGAACUUAAACCUGCAUUAAUCAAUGUGUUUCUUUCAGCCCGUUUCAGCAGCAGGUAGCUGAUCUCAGCAAAAACCACUCUAAUAAACCAACUGUGAGCGAACUGCCCAGCAGCAAAUGGUGAACAGAUAAAGCACAACACUAAACAAGAGCCAGAUAUUUACAGUGGAGAACGAAACAAAGCAACACAAUGUAACUUCACUGAGCAGCAGCGCCCCCUGCAGUCUCCAGUGGUAAUGAAUUCGCUUGUUGCUCUGAAUCUGAGCGGUUCAGUGGUUUCCAUGAACAGAAAACUGUUGACUGGAGCUGGAUCUCAGAGAUGGACUCUGGUUUUUGAACUGAUCUCCAGUUCAGCUUCACUCUGAACUCUCUGGGUCUGAUUCCAGCAGUUUAAGCUGCUGACUCUCACUCAGUUAGAGGGAGAUCCAACCUGAGAAACCACAGUUACACAGAGAAACAACAGGUGUUUGACAGAGGCUCUGUUCUCCCUGUUACACUGAACCAUCACAGUGACACCUGGAAACACUCCUAACACUCCUCUGGUUCUCCAUAUUUGAGCGUAAGUUGGCGACUGUUUGCUAACACAUUAGCUGAAAGUGGAUAAUACUGUUUUUUUUUUUCAUACCUGUCUCUUGGUGCAGCUGUAAAAUGCAAAAUAUCCAUCAACAUGUUUAGGUUACAGGUGAAGUUUACACCAAUCAACAAACAAGGCCGAGCAUAAAUCUGUCGAUGAAGUUCGGCUUCAAUGAUUUGUCCUCUGACCUAAAGUCAAAUAACAAGUGACCUGUCAGAAAUGUACUUUCACGUUUCAGUGCAGCUUUUUUUGACAUAACAUGACAGUUACUGACUGAAGAGGUCCAUUAAUGUGUGGACAUGAGUCCAGGCAGGGAGCCCUGUGGUUGCAUAUCAUCACAGUGAGCCAGCAGCUUCAUCCACAAAUGAGAAGCAGCAGCAGCCAGAAAACCAAACAUGUGAACAUCCUCCACAGACCAUUAUUACAUUAUGGUCCAGCUUCCAGUGAGGGCCACGGUCCAGGCUCAUAUACGGAGUAAUACACCUUCAGCAAACAAAAUAGUUCCAAGACACUGAGACGUCUGAGAGGAGAAUCCCCAGGAAAACAUGAGCGAACAUCUAUUUAUCAAUAUCACAACUGGUCAGCGACUCCUACCCACUUUCUGUCUAAGCAUCCACACACACCGUUUUCACCAGUCAGCACCAAAACAUUUAACCUUUCUCCAGCCUCCCUACUACUGCACACACACACACACACACAGGCCCGUCUACAGUUGUAGAUACAGUAGGUGUGUAGGGAACAGCGACUUCACCUUGAA